UGGUGUCAGAAGUGGGAUUGUCAACAAACUGUGUUAAAAAUGGUUAAAUUGGCUGAUUUAAAAAUUCCACAAUUGAAGAACGAGCUACAAGCACGUAAUUUAGCUAUUGAUGGAUCAAAGGCAAAUUUACAAAGUCGACUACGCGAUGCAAUGGAGGCAGAGGGUAUAGACGCAGACGAAUUUGAUUUCGAAGUUCCAGAAAGCUCCUCUAAGACAGAGUUAAAAUCGACACAAGCAGAUUCUUCACUAAAACUAGAUACGAAUGCGAUAUUAGCUGCCAUUAAACAAAUGAGUACAGAGAACUCAACAGCAAUGUCACAAAUGUCGGUUCAGCUGCGAGAAAAUUCAUCUCAAAUGGAGGCACGAUUUAUGCAGCUGCAAGAACAGUUAACAAGUGAUAAUGCGCAAAUACGCCAACAAGUGGAAAAGUUUGAAGAUAAGCUACGGGAUCUGAAGAGGGACGAAGAGGAGCUUAAAUCCGAAGUGCUACAACUAAGCAGUCGUGUUCGUGAUUUACAAGUACAUAGCAUAGCAGCACCAAUAUGCGCUCCAAAGCACAAAGCUCCAAUGUUUGACGGAAGUGUCCCAUUGCAAAUAUUUAAGCUUCAAUUCGAAAAAACAGCGGUGGCUAAUAAUUGGAAUACCGAAGAUAAAGUAGCUGCGUUAUUUAUUUCGUUGAAAGGUUCCGCAGCAGAAAUAUUACAAACCAUACCCCAGUAUGAAAGAGAAAAUUAUGAUACCUUGAUGUCCGCAUUAGAAAGGCGAUUUGGAAGUCAACACAGGCAACAAAUAUACCAAAUCGAACUACAAAAUCGAUGCCAAAACUCAGGUGAGACUCUCCAGAAUUUCGCAGCUGAUGUUGAGAGAUUGGCACAUUUAGCAAAUGCAGAUGCAUCGGUAGACUAUAUCGAACGCGUAAAAAUACAAAGCUUCAUUAAUGGUAUACGAGACGUAGAUACUAAACGUGCGGCACUUGUACUGCCUAAAAGAACAUUCGCUGAAACGGUGUCACAUGCGCUUACUCAAGAAACCGCAUCACUUGCCACUAAGCCCAUUCACAAG